AUGACAAACUCAACCGAGAUCAGCUAUGGUGGCACGGGAUGCUUGAAUGGAAACAGUGAAGAAAGUGGGUCGUUGAAAGAUGCUGAUAAAAUGUCAGAGGAUUUGGAUGAGUUGAAUGUGGAAGAUAAAAAUGGAGAAGAGUGUAGUGUGGACUUUGAGUAUGAAGAGGAAACCCAUGUUGAUGGUACUGAUGCAACAAUAGAUAUCAACAAUGAAGAUGACAUCCUAAUGAUUGAUCUUAAGAAUUUAUGUCCUGAAAAAGUCUCGAUGCUGAGCUUUAUUAGCUUGAAUAUUGCUUAUUUAUUCUAUACUUGGUAUGGAAGGGUGAAUGGGUUCUCAGUUCGUAGAAGCAGUAUUCUGCGGAGCAAAACAAGUAAUGAAGUAUUGCAGCAGACCUUUGUGUGCUCUAGGGAAGGUAAACGUCGACUCAGCUGCUUAAACAUGGAAGACCGAAAGCGACGGGCAAAAAAUGAGACAAGGCUAGGAUGUGAAGCCAAGUUCAGAGUCCACAUCCAUAUUGUUACUCGACGUUGGUAUGUGACUAUUUUUGCAUUUGCACAUAAUCAUGAACUUUUGGAUGGACUAUCUUGUGGAAUGUUGCCUGCUUAUAGGAAAAUGAAUGAGUCUGAUGUUGUUCAAAUGAAUAACAUGAGGAUGGCUGGUAUAGGUGCACAUGAUAUUUUUAGUUCCUUUGCAAUGUAG